GUGCAACAUAGGAGCGUGUUUGAUGUUGCAGAGGUGGAACCUAUGGCAAGAGAUGAUGACGAAGGGGUGAUCAGUAAUGAUGAAGCAUAUCAACAGAAUGAGUCUUGCAUUGUUGAUGAGAUUGUCCAAGUAGAAGUACAAGAAUUGGGGCCAUUGGAUAGAGAUGACGUUGAUUCAAAUUGUAUUAAUACAAGUGAUGGGCAAGAUGACACACUAGACGAUUAUUGUAUUGAUGAAGAAGAGAAUAUGUGA